AUGACUACCGAGGCGCGAACAAGAGAUGCACAGAGCGACGGGUGGGCCAAACUGUGGGAAAACGACGAAUCGGGUUUGUGGGAUCGUGGCCGACCUUCGCCUGCCCUGAUAAAGUUCCUGGAUGAACACCCGUUCCGUGAGACGCUGCUUCGAGACCAAGGCAAACGUCCACUGAAGGCAUUUGUGCCUGGAUGCGGGAAAGGCCACGAUGUAGCGCUUUUGGCACGUCACGGCUACCAAGUGUGGGGCCUCGAAGUGUCUCAGGGAGCAGUGGACGCAGCGAACGAGAAUGUGAAAGCGCAACUGAAGAAUUCAGGCCCCUAUCACGCUCAAGUAGUACUUGGGGACUUCUUCGAAAAGGGCUACGAGUCCCAGUUCGGACCAAACUUCCAGGGCUUCGAUCUCAUCUACGACUACACAUUUCUUUGUGCCUUGCUACCGGAAAUGCGCAAGGGCUGGGCUGAGCGCAUGAAAAGCCUCCUCUCACCAAGCGGUGUCCUUGUGUGCCUUGAAUUCCCUAUGUGGAAACCGCUGAAAGCUCAAGGUCCACCGUGGGGCCUCAAGGGCGUUCACUGGAACCUCCUAGCCGACGGUGCAGAUGGCCUUUUCGAUGAAUCUGGAAAUCUCAUUGCCAACGGUCAAGAGCAGGGCGUUUUCGAAAGAGUCGUCUACUGGAAGCCACCAGAAUCAUUCGAACAGAGCCGUGGUGAGGAUAUGAUCAGUGUCUGGAAGUUGAAGUAAAGGUUCCCACCCAGGGUGUCACAACGACUCCGCAUUUCGACUGAAAGCCAAAAGAAAUACGAAAACAUCACGCCCUAUUUAGUCAUACGUGAACUUUC